AUGGAGAAGAUCUAUAAUGCCAAGAGAUGCCCUAAUGAGAAUAGGUUGGCAUACAUAGAGUAUCAACUGAAUGGUGAGGCAAGUCAUUGGUGGAGUGCUAUGCGGAUGCUGUUGGAAGACGAGCACACUCCCAUUACAUGGGAGAUAUUUAAAGACAAGUUUUAUGCAGAAUACUUCCCGAAUAGCUUUCGGUUUGCUAAGGAAGUGGAAUUCCUCAAGCUGGUACAAGGAGGAAUGAUCGUGGCUGAGUACAUCGAUCAGUUCAAGCAUCUCGUUCGGUUUUAUACAAUAAGGAUCAAUGAAGAGUGGCAAUGUAGGAAAUAUGAUAAUGGACUUAAACCAGAUCUCAAGGUGAUUCUUUCUAGUUUAUGCAUCAAGUCCCUUCUAGCUUUGGUUGAAAGAGCUAAAGUAUUGGAACGUAACCUGUUAGAAGCCGAAUGA